AUGCCGAAAGCAAAACAUGAAGGAAAACAGCCUAAAGAAAGAAAGAAGAAAAGCAAAAAAGGCAAGAAGAGUGGAAAAAGUGGAACUAGCAAGAAAAUUAAGAAAAGUCAGAAAAAAGAUAAGAAACUUCAAAAACAGUCCGGAAAAAGUGACAGGAAACGAACUAAGGGAAAGGACAGAAAAAAGAAAGAAUCCGUAGAUCCGAAAGUGAAACACAAAAAAAGUAAGAAGGAUAAAGCAGACAGACAUCACAAAAAAACUAAAACGUCCUCUUCUGCGAGCAAGAAGAAACCGAAGACAGAUAAAAAGAACUGGAUCGAGGAGGAGUUCCUGCAACCUGGAGCUCGCGAUGCAAAACCUUCAAAGCCUUCGCCUCAAGAGAAGAUGCCUGAAGGUAUGGGGGCCAUUGAUUCAACUCAACAAUUUCCACCGUCAGGCAUUAAAGUCGAAAAGAAAGUGAAAGAAGGUAGCGGUGAAGCGUUGGUGGUGAUGGACUCGACUCAACGGUACCCACCAAAUAUGAUUAAAGAAGAGAAGAAAAUAAAACCCAUGAAAGAGACGGCAAAAAUGGUUCCAACUGCAGAUGAGAAGGCAAAGAAACCAGACGAGGUGCCAAUUGCCCUUGUAACAUCGACGGCGUUGCCACCGCCACCGCCGCGCCUAGUAGGGAAAGAAAUAGAAGUACCAUCACCUAUGGCCGCCAAGAAGUCAAAGGAGAGGGCUGAUGCUGAACGCCUUAAAAUGCUCGAGGAGAAGAUAUACGGCAUCAAGCCGGAAAAACCAACCCCACCGAGGGCAACAGUGGUAAAGCUGAGGCCGUCACCUCCACUGCAAGGAACACAAGAUGAUGAAAUGGUGUCAUCUCGCAAGGCAAAGAGAAUAGCUCCUGAACCACCGCGUGUGAAAGCAUCACCACCAAAAGAAUCAGUUACCAUAUCAGUAACGGGAGGUCCCACAUUGUCAAAACGACUGCCUGUUGUAAGACGGGAAUCAGCCGAAUUGGCUGCUGUAGGAGAACGUCUUCGAGUCAAUAUUGAUGAGAUCUUACGUCUUGGUAGCGUAAUGGAGCGACGAGGUAUCAGUUCAACAAAGAAGAUGUCAUUUGAAUGGAUUGCUAUGAAUAGACAUGUUGUUAAUCAACAACCCGAAGCGUUCUCUUCUCAUCUCGUCACCGCUGUGGGAGAUGUGCGAUUGGAAAAGUCUUUGGCAUGUGACGCGUUGAAUGUGCUGAUGUACCAACAUACAGUAUCUCCGGACGAGUAUCUACGUUUAUCGCAACAUUUGGAAAAUGUUCAGCCGAUCACUAUUGGACUACUUGCUCAACUUCUUAGAACAAACACACAGUAUUACAAUACAAUGCCAAAUAUACGUGCACAAGCAGGACAAAUUGAUAACUACUACUGCUGA